AUGAGUUCUGCGGUUAGGAUGGACACCCGGCUUAGUUUCCCCAUGUACCCGCUGAUGGUGCUGCUCUGCGCGGUCUGUGCACUGUCCGGGACACGAAGCGCCGUGGCUGCUGCGGGGAGGAGCUGCGUCGAUACCCGGCAGGUGUACGCAGAGAAGGGGUACAGCACAGGCACCGCUCCGCUGACUCAAAUCUCCGGUGAGCACCUGCGACUCUGUCCUCAGGAUUACACCUGCUGCUCCAGUCAGAUGGAGGAGACGCUGGCCCUGCAGAGCGAGAGGGAUUUCCUCAAAGCUGUCGAGGACAACAGCCAGUUCCUUUUGACUACUUUUACCCAGAGAUACCGCAGGUUUGAUGAGUUCUUCAGAGAGCUUAUAGACUUGUCAGAGAAGUCGAUGAACCAGAUGUUUACCAAGACCUACGGCCGGCUCUUCACCCAGAAUUCACACGUCUUCCAGGAGCUGUUUGUGGAGCUGCGCAGAUAUUACUCUGGGGGCAGUGUCAGUCUGUCAGAGGUUCUCUCAGAUUUCUGGUCCAGACUGGUGGAGCGGGUCUUUUCUCUUGUUAACCCCCAGUAUCAGUUUAGUGAGGACUACCUGGAGUGUGUCAGCAAACACGCCGAACAGCUGCAGCCAUUUGGGGAUGUGCCCCGCAGACUGCGUGUACAAGUGUCAAGAGCUUUCAUUGCAGCCAGAGCACUAUCUCAGGGGUUAGCUACUGGUCGGGAUAUUGUUAACAAAGCAACAAAGUUGACUGCAGAUUCAGAGUGUGUGCGUGGCCUGAUGCGUCAGUGGUACUGCCCACUGUGUCGAGGAAUGCCCUCCCUGCGGCCCUGCCACUCCCUGUGCCUUAAUGUAAUGAAGGGCUGUUUAGCCAACCAGGGCGACCUUGACACUGAAUGGAACAAUUUCAUUGAUGCUCUGUACCAGGUUUCAGAGAAGUUGGAGGGGCCGUUCAAUGUCGAGCUUGCAGCUGACUCCAUCUCUGUGAAAGUGUCGGAGGCCAUCAUGCACAUGCAGGAAAACAGCGUCAGCAUCUCCACUAAGGUGUUCCACGGUUGUGGAAGCCCAAGGCCAGUUCCAGGACGGUCCAAACGCUCACCCAAGGAGUCAGGGGGCAACAGGAGGCCCUUCCGCACCUACAGCCCGGAGGAGAAACCCACCACUGCUGCAGGCACCAACCUGGACCGACUGGUUACCGAGCUGAAGGAGCGACUGCGGCCCAUGCGUAGCUUCUGGGUGUCCCUCCCACACACCAUCUGUAACGAUGAGAAGAUGGCUGCCGACGUCACUAACGAGGACCGCUGCUGGAACGGGCAGAACCGGGGGAGGUACCUCCCAGAUGUGAUGGGCGACGGGCUCGUCAGCCAGAUCAACAACCCCGAGGUGGAAGUGGACAUUGCCAAGCCAGAUGUGAGGACCAGACAGCUGAUAAUGGAGCUGAGGGUGGUGACCAACAAACUCAGACAUGCUCAGAGCGGACAGGACAUGGACUUCAUGGACAGUGAGGAGGGCAGUGGCUCAGGAGAUCAGGGUGAAAGGUACAAUGAUGAUUGGCCCGGCCAUGGGCGUUACUCCCCACCCUACAACAAACCCCCUCACAACCCCGCCUCCAACCCUGCAAAGCCGCCUCGAGUCCGAGAGAAAAACGGGUCCAAGUGGAACAGAAACAAUGGUCAUGGACGGGUCAAAUCUGCAACCAGCCAGCUCUCUUUCUCCCUGGUUCCUUUGUUGUCUUUGCCUAUCAUGGUCACUGUUGCCCCCAUGUGGAGAUAGCUGUUUACUACAGUCUGGAGCUGGAAGGUGUCUGUCAUGCUGGAGUCUCAAGCACAUUAUGAAAAACAACUAAAGUCAUUCCAUUUGGUCGCACCAGCAGGAAAAAAACAAACACAAACAGUCUAAUUUAGCAAUAAUUGAAAAUCUUUUUACAGCAACAACAAAAAAAAAAUAGGUUAAAGUGAAUAGUUUUCCUACUGCCCUUAAGAUAUUACCAGGCAUUGAUGAUCACAAACAAUGUCAUUUUUGUAGUGCCAUUCAUGGAAUCAUGUCUUGAUGCUGAAUGGUGAACAGUACUGAAACAUAAGAGUCUGAAAGAGAAACUAAAAGUACAAUAGAAAAUGAAGUGGCAGCAGGUCCGGCGUAGAAGCAUGGUGUCAUGUGUUGAGAUGGAGGUUAGUCGUGUUGGUUAAUAACCGUGGCGUUUCAGUGAGCAGCUGAUUCGAUCUGAGUUAGUUUGUUGCUUCCUUUCUCACUAAUUACGUUCAUUAAUUUAAAUGAGCUUGAUUCCAAUGCAGUUGUGGGUAAGUUUUUGUGGAAGUAGUAUGAUUUAAUUUACUUAAUUAAACCUCCAUAUUUUGACUUGGAGAAAGAGUUAAGAGUGUGACUCUUGAAACCAAACAAGGGGCUUAUUUAGAAUAUAACUAAAAGCUCAAAUUAAUUUAGGUUAACUUUUGACAAGGGGUUGAUUCAUGUAAUAUAUUGGUCCUUAAUUUAUUUGUAAUAUAUUUUAUAAUUUUUAUGAUUUUUGAAGCAAGGGUUGAGUGUUUUUAUCUUUUUAAAAGAUAAAGGAAAGAUCAAGUGUAUUUAUUAAUCCUUGUUGUAAACCAAUCAUUUAAAUAUUAAAAAUAUUCUUAUUGAACAAAUCACAAGAAAACACAAAAUAAUGGGCCACAAGACCAGUUAUUGUUUUUUUAGCCUUAACCAGAGAUUGUUAUGGAGCAGUGUGUGUGUUUGUUUGUAUGAUGGUUAAUGUUUUAUAUUGUUUGGUGUAUGUUCUUGUUUCAAGGUUCUGAAGUCAUGUUGAAAAGAUUUUCUUUUCAAUAACAUGUUUUUCUACUUAUCUUUCUUAAAAGCAACAAAAGAUGAUGAAAACAGUAAGCGAGGUCAUAAUGUGGCGUAAGAUUGGAUGAAUGUUAAUGGAAAGACAAGAACUAAGAGACAACGGCUCUUAAUUUUCAUAUGAUGAAUGUGUUUGAGCAAAGAUCAAAAUCAAAGAAUUUUCAAGAAGGAAAAACAAAACUGGUGAGGUUUGGUCAUCCACGGACAGACAUAAGGAGAAGAAACUAGUUUUUCUUUUUUUUUUUUACUUUUGUUCACUUUCUUGCUGAGAGUUGGAUAAGAGUGUUGCCCUGUUUGUAUUGUCAAGCUGCAGCCAGUUAGCUUAGCAUAAAGACUGGAAACAGGGAAUCCGCUACCCUGCCUCUGUCCAAAGGAAACGAAAUCUGCCGAUCAGCACCUUACUAAUUAACACACUGUGUAUUGAUGUUUAAUCUGU